AUGGCGUCGACGGCGGCGGCCGCGACCGGCGCCGCGCGGGCCGCGGCGGCGAAGGGACGCGGGCGUCGCGCCGGCGGCGUCGUCGCCGUCGUCUCGCGAUCGGGAUCGACGAAGCGCGGGGCGGCGAGGUUCGCGACGCGCGCGGCGAAGGACGACGACGACGGCGCGAGCGCGCCCGCGCAGACGGGCCCGAUCGACGGCGUCACCGGCUCCGCGCAGGAGCAGGCGGGGGGGUACCUGUCGCAGACGCGGAAGCGCUCGCCGAAGCCGCUCCCGUCGAGCUUCGGCGAGGGCAAGGUGGCGGGGGGGAAGCGCGAGGGCUUCCAGGAUCCGUUCGAGAAGGACAAGUCCGCGGCGACGCCCGCGGUGGCGAGCCCGUUCGACAUGCCCGCGGAGGCGGCGAAGACCCCGGACGCGGCGCCGGCGACCCCGGCGAGCCCGUUCGGCGCGCCGACGCCGGCGGCGGGGAAGCCCGCGAGCCCGUUCGGAGCGCCGACGCCGGCGGCGGGGAAGCCCGCGAGCCCGUUCGGCGCGGCGGCGCCGGCGAAACCCGCGAGCCCGUUCGGCGCGGCGGCGCCGGCGAAGCCGCCCGCGGCGGGGGGGUCGCCGUUCGCGGACGCCGGCGUCCCGAAAGCGGGCUCGCCGUUCGCGCAGUCCACCGCGGCGAACCCGUUCGGGGACGCGGCGCCGAAGAAGUCGGCGCCGGCGCCGGCGAAGGAGGAGGACACGCGAAGCGCGUGGGAGAAGCUCCCGAAGCCCGCGAUGGCGCAGGUGGUCAUCGUGCUGUCGUUCACGACGAUUAUUUCCCUCAUGAUCGCGACGUUCUGGGUCGUCGUGCAGCUCGGAGGGGUGAGUUUCAACGACUCGUGAUCGCGUGACCGUCACGCGUGCCUAAUAUUCAUCGAGGGUGCCCGCGCAGGCGCGCUCUGCCCUGUAGUCUCGUCGUCGUAAAAUGAGAAAAAGAAAGGAAAACGCGU